AUGGCCAAAUUGGUCAAUUCAUUCAACUAUCUCCUAAUAAGCUUACUGUUUCUGUGUGCUCAUAACAUGCUGCAUGCCAUGGCACAAUGGCCAAAGGGAGGAUCAACCAGAUUCUACGACUUUAAGGUCCAGAUGCUAAAGGUCAACAAGCUUUGUAGCACCAGAGAAAUUGUAACCAUCAACCAGAUGUAUCCUGGACCGGUUGUUUAUGCCCAAGAAGAUGACAGGAUUAUCGUCAAACUCACCAAUGAGACACCCUACAAUGCCACAAUUCACUGGCAUGGUGUUAGACAGAUGCUAUCUUGCUGGUCAGAUGGUCCGUCUUACAUUACUCAAUGCCCUGUUCAAUCUGGACAGACUUUCACUUACGAGUUUACUCUAGUGAAGCAAAAGGGUACCCUUUUCUGGCAUGCUCAUUUUUCGUGGCUUAGAGCAACCGUUUAUGGUGCCCUUAUCAUCUACCCCAAAACAGGGGUUCCCUACCCCUUUAAAUACCCUUAUGAAGAGCAUACCGUAAUUCUAGGGGAGUAUUGGCAGAGAGAUCUAGUGCAGCUUGAAAAGAAUGUUACAACUAGCGGUGGAGGUUCUCCAGUAGCGGAUGCUUAUACCAUCAACGGUCACCCUGGCCCCAACUACAACUGCUCUACAAAUGAUGUGUACAAGAUCAAUGUUGUACCUGGAAAAACUUACAUGUUAAGGCUGAUCGGUGCACUUUUGAACAUGGAGAGCUUCUUCACAAUUGCUAACCACAAAUUAACAAUCGUUGAAGCCGAUGGAGAGUACACAAAGCCAUUCACCACUGAUCGUGUUAUGCUUGGACCAGGUCAUACACUCAAUGUUCUGGUCACAGCCAAUCAGAAGAUAGGAAGAUACUCCAUGGCCAUGGGGCCCUAUAUGUCAGCCAAGAAUGUCCCAUUUCAAAAUAUAACAUCGAUUGCAUACUUUCAAUAUUUAGGUGCCACACCCAAUAGUGUGGCUUUACCAGCCCCUUUACCUAGAUUCGACGAUAAUCUAGCCGUUAAAACUGUCAUGGAUGGUUUAAAAAGUCUUGAUAUUGCCGAUGUGCCCAAAGAGAUAGACACGAAUCUUUUCUUUACUAUUGGACUUAAUGUCAACAAGUGCGGUUCAAGAACACCAAAUCAGAACUGUCAAGGCGUUAAUGGUGGCGUGAUGGCUGCUUCGAUGAAUAACAACAGUUUUAUUAGACCUAAUUUUUCUAUCUUACGAGCUUAUUAUGACCAUAUCAAUGGCCAUUUCACUGAGGAUUUCCCAGGUUCUCCACUUAGGUUCUAUGAUUUUGUUAAUGGGGCACCUAAUUCACCUCCUAACAACACAGGAUCAAUGAACGGAACUAGAACAAAAGUUCUUGAAUUUGGGAGCAGGGUGCAACUCAUAUUACAGGACACAGGGACGAUCACAACAGAAAACCACCCAAUUCAUCUUCAUGGGUAUAGCUUCUAUGUCGUAGGGUAUGGUAGUGGGAAUUACAACCCACAAACUGCAAUUUUUAACUUGGUGGACCCACCUUACAUGAACACAAUCGGCGUACCAGUUGGUGGAUGGGCUGCAAUCAGAUUUGUUGCUGAUAAUCCAGGGGUUUGGUUUAUGCAUUGUCACUUGGAGAUACACUUGUCUUGGGGAUUGGCAGUCGCAUUGAUAGUGAAGAACGGACAAGGGCCAAUGGAGACACUUCCUCACCCCCCAGCAGAUAUGCCCAGAUGUUAAUUAGGUCUUUCCGAUCAUAUGGAUGAUAACGGCUUGAUCUUUUCUGAAGUAAAAGAUUCUUUCAAACAAGUGUGCAUUAAGUGUGAUUUCAUUUUCUUAGAACAAGUGAUGUAACUUAUAUAGAAACCCAUGUUUCAAUUUAAUAAAAAUGGAAGUUUUGACGAUAUUCCAAAUACAUCAAAUCCUUCC